AUGAGUGACAGUGUACCUGGAAAACAGAGUUCUGAACAUGAGGUGGAGAAAAAAGCUGAAAAAAAUCGUAACUGUGAGCCUUGCGAAGAGGACGGUGACGCCUUUCCUGCUUUUGGAUUCUGUGUGGACUGCCAAAAUUACUUGUGUGAGUCGUGCUUUAAAUGUCACUGUAUUCCCAAACCUACGAAAAAACAUAGACUAUUAAAUACCGCAGAAAUGCCAAGAAAGAAAGUGUCAGAAGAUUUAUCAGAAAUUUGUAAGAAGCAUGAGGGAGAAGCCAUCAAGUAUUACUGCAAAAAUCAUAAUGUAGUUGGCUGUAACUCGUGUAUGUUACUAGAACAUAAACCAUGCCAAAAAAUAUGUGGCCUCAAUGAAAUGGCACAAGAUGUUGAAACAUCACAACCGUACAUAGAAUUAUGCAACCGUCUAGAGAGAAUUGAAGAAAGUUGUGAAAAACAGCUUGCAAAUGCACGUGCAAAUGCAGAAGACAGCGACUUGUUUUAUGAAAAAGCAGUUGAUAAAGUUGAACAACUAAGAAAAGAAAUGAAUGCACACUUUGACUUGCUACAUGAAAGAAUAGAAAAGGAUGCUGGAAAAAGGCGGGACAUUAAUGUUGCCAAAAUGAAGCGUCUUAUAAAAACAACAGAGAGUGUACAAGCAGAGCAAAUUCAGAUAAAAGAAGACCUUGAAAUACUUGCAGAAACAAGGCAAAGAAAGCAACUUUUUAUAGCUCUAAAUAAAUCAAAGAAGCAAGUAGAUAGUUUACAGAAAAAACUAUCAGAAAUUUCUAAAGAAAAUGCUGUCACAAAAUACACAUUUAAAGAAACCUUUGAUGUCAGAGGUAUUUUGGGGAAUGUUUGUAGUGUUGGUAAUCUUAUAGAAGACAAAACUUCGCCAACAUACUUGAACAGUUAUACUGAGUUUGGGAUUACAAAACGUAUAAAAUUAAGUGAGAGCAUUUCACUCGUUAUUCAUCCAAUAGAAAAAAGUAUUGAAAUAUCUGAUAACAAACUAGUUAUUGCUAAAAAAGUCCUACAAACAACUCCCUGGGAUGCAUGUAGUAUAGCAGUACUAUAUGAUGACUACGAUUUUGGAAAAGGGUCUUUCAAUCUCAGACCAGUUUAUGGCUACCAUUUUGCUGUGACAUUGCCUGAUGAAAGAAAAGUAAAGGUAUUUGGUUAUCAAGGAAAGGCAUGGAAUGAAGAGAUGGAAAUGAAAGUAGGUGCUAAAUGUGAAGGAAUACAUUUUGUUGAAAAUAAAUUUUUUAUAGCUUGUUCUGAAACGGCCCAGGUUUUGAUUUUAACACGUCAUGGUGAUUUAAUUAGAUCAAUUUCAAAGGAUCAAGUUACGGGGCUUGAAAUGUUUAAAAAACCAGCAUAUAUCCAUUACAGUACAACAGCUAAAAAUAUCUAUGUCACAGACAGAGUAUUGGAAGAAGUCAUACUCGUGUCUCUAGAUGGGAAAUUGCACAAAGUUUACAAAAGAAAUGACAACAAACAACAUCUGUGGGCUCUGCAAAAUGAAUACUGUGUUUCAUCAUUCAAAAUAUUUUGA